AUGAGCAGACAGGCGCCUACAGUGAGAUCCGUCCUGGGACGAAGAGGCUUUAGUUCUGCUUCGGAGAUCUGUGGUCGCAGCUACGCUGCCUCUGCCUGCCAGCCUGUGCGCUGCGGAGCCGGUGCCUACAGCAGCAGGAGCGUCUGCAACCUUGGUGGAAACAGGAGAAUUUCCUACGUGAAUGGGGGCUGUGGAAAUGGAUGUUUUGGAGAGCUCGGCUUUGGAGGUGUAGGCUACGGUAGUGUUGGAGGAAGGGUUGGUCUUUGUGGCCCCAGGGGAUAUAGCAUUGUGAGAGGGUACCCCGAUCGCAAGGCUGAGGGUAUCCAAGGCAUCUGCAUCGAUGAGAGGCUUCUGAAGCCCCUCUGCGUUGGUGUCGACCCACUGGAACAUGAAAUACGCUGCCAGGAGAAGGAACAGAUCAAGACCCUCAACACUCAAUUUGCCUGCUUCAUCGACAAGGUCCGAUUCCUGGAGCAGCAAAACAAAGUGCUGGAGACAAAGUGGGGCCUCCUGCAGCAAUAUGUCCUGCCAAAGAAAGGGAAAAACCUGGAGCUCUACUUUGAGAAUUACAUCUGCGACCUAAGGAAGCGCCUGGACUGCUUGCUCUGUGAGAAGCAAAAACUGGGCAGCGAAGAAUGUGCCACGAGCCAGCUGGUGGAGGAGUUCAAGUGCAAAUAUGAAGAGGAAAUCAACAGGCGCACGACUGUGGAGAAUGAGUUUGUGGCACUCAAAAAGGAUGCAGACUGUAUCUUUCUGAACAAGGAAGAGCUGGAGGUGAAGGUGGAUCUGUUAAGAAGGCAGCUGGAGUUGUUGAAAUGCGUGUUCGAGGAGGAACGAGCUCAGGUAGAUCGGCAGCUAUGCGACACUUCGGUCAUCGUGAAAAUGGACAACAACCGAGACCUGGACAUGGAAAGCAUCAUCAAGAACGUUGAAUGUUGGUACCAAGAAAUAGCUCAGAAGAGCAAAGAAGAAGUUGAUGCUUUCUAUCAAACCAGGUUUCAGGAGCUUCAGGAUAAGAGAGGCAAGUAUUGCGACGACCUGCAGAGCAAUAAGUGUGAGAUUUCAGAGCUAACCCGUAUGAUACAGAAGCUGCAGUGUGAACUGGAGAACGUGAAGAAGCAGGUCUCCUGCCUGCAAACCUCCAUUUGUGAUGUUGAACAGCGAGGAGAUUGUGCCCUCAAAGAUGCCCGGGAGAAGCAUGUUGAGCUGCAGAAUGCCCUUCAGAAGGCCAAGGAUGAGCUGGCUUGCAUGCUGAGGGACUACCAGGAGCUGCUGAAUGUCAAGCUGGCCUUGGAUAUUGAGAUUGCAACGUAUAAGACUCUACUGGAGGGUGAAGAGAGCAGGAUAUGUGUGGGGAACCCAGUGAGCGUGUCUGUGGUCAGCAGCGGCUACAACAUCCCUGACGACUGUGGGAUGCUGGCUGCAAACGCGGCUGCGUGCGGCUACGGCUCCUUGGGAAGACGAUCCGGACGGCACAGCUCCCAGAAUGGAGGAUUCAGCUCCCGGAGCGCUGGGAUCCACCCCAAGAGAGUCAUUAGCUCGGUGGCCAAGCAGUGUGUCCCAGAGGUGUACUGCCAAGCCGGAGCUGUCAACUGCAAGAAUGGGGGAUUCAGCUCCCGGAGCGGGGGUUACCCAGCCCGCACCGUCAUCAGCACGGGGAACGGGGGCUUGAAUGCUCGCAUGGGGCAGUGCCAAGCUGGUGGGGUGGUCAGCUUUGGAAACCAGGGCUGCGUUGUCAGGCAGCUGGGGGGCUCUCCCGUCGUCGUUGCGAACAGCCCUGAGGUUGUGGGGUGCAACAACGGCGUGGCGGGGAACUACGCGGUUGUCAGAGACCCCUGUGUUGUGCCGUAG